CACAACAGGUGUCUAAAAAUGACCUGAGGACUUGAUUGUAAAACAGUUUUAGUAUUUUAAAAAGCUCUUUCUCUACAACUGGUUAUGAUGAGAAGGAUUUACAGAAGAAUGCACGUCUUUCCAUGAGAUACAUCAUCCAUUUAUUGUAAAAUGUCUGCACAAAAAAUAAAAACCAAGACAAAAAAUUUCAGGCUGUACAUGGUGACAUGGAAUGUAGGAGACAGAAAUGCACCCACAGAUUUCACAGAACUGUUAAAAUUGGAUCAGGAUCAAUUGCCAAAUAUUUAUGCUGUUGGGUUACAGGAAAUGACAGGGGGUGAUGACCAUGUUUACAAUGACUGGACAAAACAUCUCACAGAAAUUCUCACUGAUAGGGGAUAUUUCAGGGUUAAAUCUGUAAGAAUGCAAGCUAUUUUACUGGUAGUCUUUGUGAAGAGGGAAGACAUACUGAGCUUCACACAUAUAGAAUCAGAGAUAUCCAGGGCAGGCAUGGGUGGAUGGUGGGGAAACAAAGGUGCAGUGAGUGUAAGAUUUGAUGUAAAUGGUGUAAAUAUGAUCAUUGUCAACGCUCAUCUGGCAGCACAUAUGGAUAAUGUCCGUGAAAGAAUAGAGGAUUUUCAUACUAUUUUGAGGACACAGAAAUUCAGGGAUAAAGAUGUGGACCAUAUUCUUGACCAUGACUACAUAUUUUUUAUGGGAGACUUGAACUUCCGACUACAGAAAGUAACAAGUACUUAUGUAGAGAGAGCUAUCAGAUAUGGGGACUACAAAGCUUUAAUGGAGUAUGAUCAGCUACUAAAAUGUAUGGAAGAAGAUCUGAUAUUUGUAGACUUUGUAGAAGGUCAAAUAACAUUUCCUCCGACUUACAAGUUUGAUCCUGGAACAGAUAAUUAUGACACAAGUGCCAAACGGAGAAUACCUGCAUACUGUGAUAGAAUCUUGUGGCAUGUACAUGAAGAUUCAUUUGAGAAUAUAGCAUUAGAUGUUAAACAAUUAUCAUACGAGUCACACAUGUCAUACAAACUUAGUGAUCAUAAACCAGUAUCAUCUUUGUUUGAAAUUCAGGUAUACCCAUCUCCACCCAUCCCAUUACCAGUCAGAUUCCUACAUAUAACUUCAUCUACAAAAUGGACCAGUAAUCAAGAGGAAGAUGUUCAUUAUAAAUUUGAGAUUAGUCCUAACUUAGAAUACCAUCCUGACAAAUGGGAUUGGAUAGGAUUGUAUAAAGAAAAUUUCAGAUGUAUACGAGACCAGAUUGCCUAUGUGUAUAUUAUACAGGGAGCUAAAAUGAACAAAGAUGGCUGUUCAUUUGUUACAUUCCAUAACUUAUCAUUAGAUUCUGGAAAAUACAGACUGUUAUACAUCAGUGAAAAAAAGGAUACAUUGCUAGGUAUUAGUGAAGUAUUUCAGGUAGUAAAAUGAACAUACAGAUUUUACAAGAGAUUGAUGCUUUAAAAGUACAAUGAUAUAUACAAAAACUUCCAUAAUCCAGAAAGUAAUAUUCAUCACGUAAUGGACAUGUUUUGAAUAUUUUUUUAUAAUUCUGUGAAUCAGUGUCUGAUUUAUGCAAUCUUCCAUUGAUUAUCCCUUAUAUAGUUCAUUGGUGCCAUACAUAUCUUUUGGUUGUUAUUUGUGUCAUUUGGUCUCUGGUGGAGAGUUGUCUCAUUGGCAAUCAUACCACAUCUUCUUAUCUUUUAUACCCUAAUGAUCUGAGAAUUUACAUAUUUUAAAAGUCUUGGCUGCUUCGCUUUGAUACUGUAUAAAGCACAUACUCUACCAAGGCAGUUCAGACUGUGAUAUUGUUUAAGUUGAUUUAUACCUUUAUUUCCUGUAAACCUAUUUUGUCACUUUUAUGUUGAUUAGUAUACUCUAGAUAUGUUUUCUGUAUGCUAGGAAAACAUGCAUGUUGGGUUAAGGAAGAUGUUGACAUACAAAUUAUUUUAGAAUAGUUUCUGCUAUUUAAAAGAAGAUUUAAAAUGAGUGCUGCUGAUUAAUAUUUAUAUAUACAUAUUACUUUUUUAUUAGACUAAUAUUUUUAUAUACAAAUCCAUGUCAAAAUCAGACCACUCAAACUUGCUCAAUGAUUUGUUUUUAUAGGAUUUAUUCAAUUUAAGGGGAAUUAGAUAUUGGACAACUUUUGCUUUACUGAUCAGGGGGCUUCUAUUAUCUGCAGUUAUCUAUUAUUGGUACCUACUUUUUGCAACAUUAAGGCAAAGUUGUCAUUUAUCAGCUGAAUUUCAAUAAGGUUACAUCAAAUUUUUAAAAUUGUAUUGAGUAACAAUUUGUUAAUUUGCAUAUAUAUAUUUGAGAAAUUUGCAGAAAUGUUCUCUGGGUAGCAAUUUUUCAUUUACCUGAUAUGGAAAUCUUUCUAAUGGGCUAAACUAGUAAGUAUUUUUAGAUAUGCCUUGAAAGACAGGCGUCAAUUUAGCAAAUUGAUAAUAUAUUUAAGCCAAAAAUAAUGAGACAUUUUAGCACCAAAGUGUAACUCAUUUUAGUGCCAAAUUUUUAGCCCAUUUAAGCAAAAUGUAAAAUUAUCACUGCCGAAUUUAGCGUAGAGUUUUGUCCCAUAUUUUCCUUCUUUACAAAAUGAAAAAGUAAAAUAAUGAAUGUUAAUAUCAAGCUAAGUCAGCUAAGUGUAUUUAUUAUUAUGAUAGUUGCUAUAGGAUAUGAUUACCAAAAAUAAAAUUCUCAUUUUAAAUUUCAAUAACAUUAUAUGUAUGCAGUAUUUUCUGAAAUCGCAAUAAUAAAUCUGACAUUAGUGUCCAUUGUUGAACAUAAGCAAUACUACAGGCACACAAACAUUCUUAAUUUACAGUAUAUAUAAGUGGCCACAAUUAUGUGAACUAAACAUUUAAUGAUGGUGUUGUGAAUGUGAUGAAACUGUUAGAAACCAUUCUUAAAUGUUAAUUCUCAACCCUCUCUUCUUUUUCAAGAGGUUCGAAGAAAAUUUCUCAACACUUUCAAUAAUAGAUCUAUUGCUUUUAUGAUUUAGGGGGGAGGG